GAUGGGGUUCGUCAAUAAGAUCAUUUCCCGUCUGGACUCGGAGGACAAGUACGGCCCGAUGAUGAAGGAGCUCGGCUGUCGGCACGUGUCAUACGGAGCCAAACCGCAGUACGUCGAUAUGAUGGGGGAGCAGUUCAUUAGCGUCAUCCGUCCCAGUUUGAUCGAGGCCAACCAGUGGAACGAGGGUACCGAGGCCGCGUGGAGAAAACUGUUCCAGGUUAUCGGCUACAGUAUGAAGAUGGGUCUUCAGGAGCAUCAAAGGACGCCCACGCCCCGGCUGAGGCCGAACACACCCUCGCCCAGACCCGGCGCUAGGCAAUACACUCCGGACGAAAACGGCACCAGUGACGUCAUGCGUGCCACCAGUGACGUCACACGCGUGGCAUAGAAAACACUGGGGAUCGGCACCGCUCGCGUCUGCCUUAGCUCAAAUGCGUGGUCCGUUCAGCCGUGAGCGUCCAACAGUGGUGUUCAAGUAUGCGGGCUUGGUAUGGAAAAGAGACUCGGGCAGGUUUCCUGAUGGAAUAUGCCGGGGAAAAUCCACGGAGGUCCUACAGAGUGUUUCAUAAUGAAUGUCAAUUUCAAACUGGGGAGUUCAAAAAGAAAAAGUGUGUCUAGCACGUGCAAACUUUCAAGCAUUGUUGGAAAUUGAUGGACAUUUUAUAUAAAUAGCAUUCAAUGCCAAAUUUGUUGUCAUUCCUUUUUCAGAACGGGAAAUGUCGGGUUCACCUCACGGUUCGCCGUGCUCAAAUACGCCAUUUUAGAAAGAACAGAAGGCGUGGAUACUUGGAUAGUGAUACAGCUCGGAAGCCUUGCCUUAACCCUCGCGGGCCCGGGGGGGCGUUUUUCGCCCCCCCCCCUGGCGGAUAUUUGCGAUAGCUCCCGAACGCUUAGGGAUAUGGAAGCGAAACUUUCAGUACCUUUUCUCCAAUCAGUUUGACAUCUUCUGAAGUAAAAAAUUUGUACCUAGCCCCCUUGAUGACGUCACAGGGUCGAUUUUUCUAUACCCCUGCACGGCAAACUUCGGCGUCACGGACGCAAACUUCAAAUAGCUGCUAAAAAAGAGUUUUAGAGAUAAAGACAAAUUACGAGCACGGUUGUGUAGCGUUUGACCUAGAGAAAAAUAGAAAAAUAGUUUUGGUGACCUGAGGUCAGAGGUCAGGUCAACGACCCCGAAAUGUGGUUUUAGUUUUUCGCAAAUAACUUCGACAAAAAUGAUCCUAGAGCUUCGGUAGUGGUACCAUCGCAUUCGUCUUGUCAAGCCGCGUCGAAUGAUAUAUAUUUUGUUUGGAAAAGGGUCAAGUUUUAUGUUGACCUCAUGUGACCUCAAAUGACCUUUGGUUGACCUUGACACAUGAAAGGUCGUUUAUGAUGGGUUUGUACCCGCUGAUCACGAAUUUGUCAUCUUUUUUCCUCUAAGCCUUCAUUUAGAGCUUCCGGAUGGCAAAAUUGUCUUAUUUCUUAUUACUAACUUGAAUCAGCGAAAUAGCCUCUACCAAGGAUACUCUUCUGUGACCUUGACCUUUGAGAAGCCUUGCAUCGUAAGAUGAACCACAAAUAGAGAACUGAUAAGCCUCAAAACAUUUCAAAACAUCUUGGAAAUUAGCACGCAAGAUGUACGAAAAAGUGCAAAGUUUGAGGUCAAUUUUGAGCGUGACCUUGACCUUAACCUUUGAUUUUGAGAACAGUUUCGGAAUCCUCAGAUUCUCUUCUUUUGUUUGACACCCAAUUUUGCCGGUUUGAUGCAUCUUGCCGUCUUCUAGAACGCUUACUUUGAGAUCACUACACAUGUGCCGGUUUUUGCCUUUGACCUUGACCUCUGACCUUGAAAAUUGACCUGAGGUAAAAAAUUUUAGGUGCUUUAGAUUCGUCUUGUAAGGAACUUUCGUUUGGUAUCACUUUUGUUUCCGUACCUCCCUUAUUUACGGAGAUAGACAGGGGGGCGAAAAACGCCCCUCCCCGGGCUGCGAUGGUUGGGAUUACCCCCCGGGCCCGGCCGGGUUAAGAACAUCUCCAAAUUUAUGAGAAAGUUUCGGCUUCACUUUAGAGAUAACCCUUCACUUUAGAGUUCACUUUAGACUUAGAGCAAGACUUCGUUAACUCCCCAUGGACUGCGAAGAAGUGCUCCGGGCCGUGCACCAUAUUCGUGGACCGAUCUUCACUGGGCUGUCGUGGAACCGUUUGUCUAGAUAGAGAAAAGUGAACAGACAAAAAUCAAAUGUCCAAGUCUUCUGGUGUAUGUGAAUCUGUAAAUUAUGCAAAUAUAUUGUUUUGUAUGGUUAAAAUGGCGAAUUUAAAAUUGACAUUCUUUAUGAAACAUCCUGUAUAUAUAACUAAAACGAAGGUGCAAUCAUUGAUCUUACUGUAAGUGGUCAGACAGCGGAAUAUUUCCCAGAAAUGAACGAAAAAGUUUCUUUUUCUUCGUUUUGAUUCGGUGGUGUUGUAGGGCAGGUAGAUUUGUAGACGACAAUCAGGUACAGUGGCCAGGUCCACUAGACGGGCUCUGAAUUCUGAUUGCCUUGUAGCGUGGAGCACGUUAAUAUGUCGUAGGUUGACCUACAUUCUGACUCUGUCGUUGAUAUUUGAUGUUGACUAGGUACACAUUGUAGCUGAGUAAUUAGUGUGAAAAGCACAAAUAUGCACACAUAGGCCAUCGUCAAUUCAACGAAUCUCGAACCGAUGCAUCAAAUGUAACGUCCAGUGAAACCAUUGUGUCGUCUGAUUGACCCAUAAUGCCGACCAGUGAAACCAUUGCGACGUUCAGGGAACUGACUAUGACUUAGCGAUUUGUUUUGUCUGCAUUAGCCAAAGUGAAUAAAUGUAUGCUAAUCACUGGCAAAAAUGUAGCUAAGUACUUUUUUUCUUCAAAAGUUGUUUGGUUUUAAAUUCAUAGCCAUGUGUCACGUGUAUUUCGGUACCUUCGUAGAACCAAGAAAUUCCAACCGUUACAAUCAACAUUCAACAUUCUUGUGUGGACGGUAAAUACCUGGAAAUGGUAUCUGCUAAAAUAAGCUAAAUUUAAAUUAUGCUAGAAUUAGGUGAUGUUCCAUUUUCUUAGAUUCUGUUUUUGCCCUUUUCGCUGGCUGAAGCGUAUGACUGAAAAGUAUAAAAACAUGUUUGGAGCCAAACAACUUUUGAAGCAAAAACGAACCAUAACGCCUGUGGUAGUGGCGGAUAGUCUGAUGCCGUGAAUCAGGAUCCCCAAUCAUGCAUGCUUUGACUGGAGCCUGAGAGAGGAGGCGGUGGACUGGUGCCAUGAACCAUGAUGACGACUUAUGUUGAACAAUAAAAAUGCACACGCCUUGCUA